AUGGCGCCAGUUCGAGCAGCAGUUCGCCCGGUGACCGCCAGCGGCCUCGAGGAGUUCAAAGACUUGGCCCUUCCCCUGGACGUCCACGUGCUGCAGCACGACGAGGACACAGAGACAGUGUACGUGACUGUGCCGAAUGAGAGCGCCAUUGCUGCUCUCGAGCAGCUGCCAGGCUAUUCGGUCUCCCGCCUAGCAGCAGAAACGCAGCAGCAGCAGCAGCAGCAGCAGCAGACGACUGUUGCUGAUGCUGCAGCAGACAGCUACCGAGUGCAUACCACGACGGGCGGGCCGAGGAGAAAGGUGCUGCCUUCUGGAGAUUUGUUUUAUCUGAUUACCGACAUCAAGUAA